AGCUUCUUCCAGCGAGCUUUCCUCCUAAGUUUAACGUGCGAUGUACAUCAUCACUUGUUCGCAGCAGCAUUGAUACGCUUGACCACACUACCACGACGCUUCAAUCCGCACAAAGCCAACCGGAGGCUUUGGGCAGCAUGCCUUCCCCAACACCCGGCAGCUCGGGCACACACCCCGACCCUGGUUCCGAGCCUGCAUCACCAUCGACCACUUCGAACCCAUCUGCUGUCGCCGAGCCUCUGGUGCCAGACUCAAUAUGGAAAGCGCCGCAAUCUCGGCUCUUCCCAAGCAAUCUCACCUCGCGAAGAUCGGGGCCUCUUGACGCUGUGGACGCAGGGCAGGAGCCCACCGAGAAGCUUCGGGCUAGGAGCGAAACGUACUUGCGGAGGGUGACCAAACCCGAGCUAGGCGGUCCACCGCCGACGCGAUUACAGAAAGGUUCACAGCUCCUUGGUGGUGUGCUUGCAGUGGGCUGCGUUGGCUAUGCUGUAGUAUGGCAUGAUUUUGGCGAGAAAGAGAAUGUCUUCAGUCCGAUACGACGAAUACUUGGCAUGCAUCCGCGAGGCUAUGGGUAUGAUCCGAUGGCACCACCUCGAAAAGACCCCUUGAUUUCCCGAUGAGAUCGCAGACGAGUCGACUCCCCCCCCUUUCUCCGCGCCCCUACAGCAACCCGUGACAUCCACCAGACGUGCAUUUUCAAGGCGCAUGCAGAAUACGGUGCACACCACACCUCUCUGCACAUCGGUCAGAGAGGCCGUCCUUGACGCAAGUUGGGCGCAACCUUGGCGAAUUUGAGACAAGCUGCGAGCUCUAUGCUACAAGAAAGAACGUGUGCUGCCGAACGACUGCACCUAAACCCCAUUAAAAUGCGAAC